AGUGGCAGCCGCCAAACCCCGCCCCCUCCGAGGCCUCGCCGGCGUUCCGUCAGCAGAGACCGCUCUUCCCAACAGCCGCGUUUCGCUCUCAGCCCCGCCACGUAGACUCGGGCUGAUGGGAUGCUGCUGCUGCGAAGGGGCCUGUCGGAACCAUGGACCUCGACGAAGCUUUCGGGAUGGUGGGGGAGUUCGGCCCCAGCCAGAAGAGGCUCACCGCGUUCCUGGUGCUGCUGCAGGUGUUUGUGGCCUUCCAGUCUAUGCUUAUUGUACUAGUCGGAGCUAUGCCAGAAUAUCAUCUUGACCAUGAAGUGAUUUCAACUAAUACAGAACCUCUUGCAAAACACAUCAGGUUUGCCAGUAACUUCACAUCCAUAGCAACAGAGUGGUAUUUAAUCAGACAUGAAGCUUAUAAGGUGAGCCUGGCAUCAUCCUUGUACUUUGCUGGGUUGCUUAUUGGAAAUAUAAUAUUUGGCCCAUUAUCGGAUAAACUGGGCAGGAAGCCUGUGUACCUUACAGGACUUUUCUUUGAUGUCAUUUUUGGGUAUGUCUCAGCAUUUGCUCCAAACUAUGAAAUUUUUGCAAUGUCACGCUUUUUUGUUGGGAUUACAAAUGGUGGCAUGGCUCUAGUCUCUUUCGUUUUGACACAAGAAUAUGUUGGAAAAUCCUUCUGGGCAUUGACAGGCUCAUUAACAAACCUGACAUUUGCAGUGGGCAUAGCAAUUUAUGCCUUAUUGGGUUUUUAUAUAAGGGAAUGGCGUUUACUUGCCUUCGUAUCAAAUUCCCCAGGACUUUUCUUUUUUCUUCUCUCAUUUAUGCUUCCUGAAUCACCAAGAUGGUUAUACUGUCAAGGCAGAACAACUGAGGCUGAGAGCAUACUACAACACAUAGCCCUUGGUAAUGGGAAAGAGGGGUUGGCAGUGAAGUUGAAACAGUGCAAAGCAAUGGUGGAAAGUGAUGAUUCAGCACCUGGUGUCCUAAACCUAGUUAAACAUCCCGUCCUUCGGUGGCGCACUGUCAUCUUGAUGUAUAUCUGGUAUGUGUGUAGUUUUGUAUAUUAUGGCUUAACCCUGAAUGCUGGUGAAUUAGGAGGAAAUCUUUAUCUGAAUGUGGCACUUUCUGGCCUUGUAGAAGUUCCAGCAUUUCCCCUCUGUAUGUUUUUCAUUGAGAAGCCUUGGUCAGGAAGACGUAAAAGUACAGUCGCUUUUUUGAUAUUUGCUGGCUUUGCCUGUAUAUUUACAAUGUGUUUACCAGAAAAUGCUGAGGGAUUUUUCUUCAAUCCCAGCAUUUUAGCUUUAUAUGGGAAAUUGACCGUGAGUGCAGCCUUCAAUAUCAUAUAUAUUUACACCUCAGAACUCUACCCAACAGCAGUGAGAAAUGCUGGCUUAGGUGUGUGCUCAAUGACUUGUCGAUUUGGUGGCAUUUUGGCUCCGUUUGUUCCUUCUCUGAAAAUCCUGGGUCCAUCUGUACCAUUUGUGGCCUUCGGAAUCAGUGGACUAUCAGCUGGUUUCCUGACUCUUCUGCUUCCAGAAACGCUAAACAAACCUAUUGCAGAGACCAUUGAAGAUUUGCACACACCUGCAUAUCAGAUGAAAAAAAACCAAAAGGCAGAGAAAACCAAUUAGAAGAAAACAGUUAAAUAUUGCAAUCCCCCAACUUAUUGGAAAUUACAGUCGUGGUUGAAGUGUGACGCCAUCAAGAUUUAUCACAUUGCAACACUGAAGUACUUUGGAAUUUCCAGUAUGUUAAAUGAUUUAUCUGCCUGUAGAAUGCAAAGUUUGGUGCUGGCAGUGAUUAUUUAUAACAAUAGAUGAGGAAAAAUUAAGUAGUUACAUCUUUGUCAUCCUCUGUUCUAGGGCAUUCAAAAUUAUGUGGAUGCUUCAAUAAAAGAGUAGAUCUUAUAUAUCUUAGAUCAACCCUUAGCAAUCUGACGUCUUCUAGUUGUGCUGGCCAUGAUGCUGAGGAAUUAUGGGAGUUGUUAAGCACAUUUAGAAGGCUGCGGGCAAAAUCACUUAUUGGAGAUUUGGACAGUUACCAAACUGCAUGGUCCAGCACAAAGUAUCAUAGUUAAUUGGUGUCUGUGUAUUGAUAACAUCCCCAGUAGUGCAGUGGGUUAAACCCUUGUGCUGGCAAGACCGCUGACUGACAGGUCAGUAGCAUGAGUCCGGGUAGAGCGGGUUGAGCUCCAUGCGGGGACGUGAUGAAGCCUCCCAUAAAGAAGGUAAAACAUCAAACAUUUGGGUGUCCCCCUGGGCAACGUCCUUGCAGACAGCCAAUUCUCUCACACCAGAAGUGACUUGCAGUUUCUCAAGUCGCUCCUGAUAUGGAAAAAACCCACUUUAAAUGAAUAACAAACUGUUUGCUGUCAGACUGGAGAGCUAUAGACCAACUUAGUCCCAUUCUACACUGCCACAUAAAAUCUAGAAUAUCUGCUUUCAACUGGAUUAUAUGGCAGUGUAGAUUCAAAUAAUCCAGUUCAAAGCAGAUAAUGUAUCAAAGCAGAUUAUCUGCUUUGAUAAUCUGGGUUAUAUGGCAGUAUAAAAGGGGCCUUAAUUCUUAAUGUUUACAAAGUCCAAAUGUUGCCAAUAUUUUUCUGUAAAUGCUUUAAAGCAAAUGUUUCAAAAUAUUUAUAAAGACCAAAAAUGCCUUUUGAGUGCAUUUUUGGUCUUUAUAAAUAUUUUGAAACAUUUAUAAAUACUUUGAAACUGGAAGCUGACCCCCCCCCCCCCACACACACACACAUUCAUAAAGUAUCUUUUGCUUGUGGGAAAGCUGUUCUCUUGUGCAAGAUGUAAAAGCAAAAAUAGAAACCCAAAUUAUGUUUUGUUUCAUAUAUUUUAUCGAACAGAAUCACGAGAAAGACAAGCAGACAGCAAAGUUGCGUAAUUUGCCAAAUUCCUUGACGAAUCCCAUUUUAAGUCAAGUCAGAUACAAUGGAGGUAAUUUAGAGAUCCCUACUGGUCUAUGUAUCUUCCCAUCUGGAAGUUGCCUUGGGGACCCAUAAUUAAUCUGUCAAUGGCCAAAUUAGGGUCCCUUUCAUACUGCGCUAUUGUUGGCUAUGAAUUGUUGUGGUUUCAUUCAAUGGAAUCUUGGGAUUUGUAGUUUACUGAUUCAGUCUCAAAGCCAUAGUUCCUCCCCAAACUGCAAGCCCUAUUAUUCCGUGGGCUGUUGCCAUGACUGUUAAAAUGGAAUAAAGUGUUCUAUAAUUCCAGGUGUGAAAAGGUUCCAGGUUCCAAACGUUCCUCUUCUCCUACUACAGAACCUACCUGGUGUUACACUGCAUGCUUGCUUGCAAAACAUGUACAGAACUAUGCCAGCACUGCUUUUCCUUUGGCUCGCAAUCUGAAGGUCCAAACUGAAGGACAGGAAUAUUUUGCACAGCCCUGAGGGUUACAGUGUGGUAUUUUUAAUUGCCUGCUGUUAUCUUUCUAGUCCAAAAACUUGUGAUUUACAGGCACAUUGCUGUCAAACCAAGUUGGUGUCUGUUGAACGUAUGGCUUCAGAGGUCUGCAUUUAAAGUUCAUGAGCUCAAUAUCACUUUUAAAAGAAGCUAAAAGCACAGGAAAACCAAACAAAACAUUGGGUAGACUCAAGAGAUCAGAGGUGCAUGUGUAUUUGUUACUCUGAGCUUGAAAAAGCUUAUUUUUCUGGAUCUCCCAUUAUGCUUGACCAGUGAUUAAGCUGAUGACAUGGUUUUGAGAAAGCUGCUCUUUCCAAACGUUUGAUUUUUGCAAGUUAUGAACACAUUUAUCAGCACUGUUUAAUAGUGUCGUUGGGUGCUCCAUUAUCUUCUUUCAGUGCUAUUGUCCAAACAGCAGGAGGGGAUAUGAAGACCAAUUUUAUGUAUUAUGGCUUAUUAUUAUGGAAAGAUUUAUAAAUCUAUAUUUUUGUAAUAAUAAUGUGAUAUCAGCCUUAUAAAAAUGUUGCUCCUAUGGAAGCAGAAAAUUGUUGCUUUUCCUCAACUAACUGCCACGUGAUGAAAUAGUUUUCAUAAUAUUUAAUGUAUCUUUGAUGAAGCUAUUCUGCCUUCCCAUUGUUCCAGUAGUGUAGAAAAUGAUUAAUAAACAAGAAUGGCAUUUUAAA